CCUAAGUGAUUUGCAUAACUCCACGGUCUGGGGCUCGAGAACCCGAGCGUGCAACCCUAGAAGGGAAAAGGAGGCCCGCGGCGGCUGCAGCGCGCCUCGGAGCGGGGGCUGUGCGAUCGAGAGCCGCGAGUAGGGGCUGAGACGGGGGUGGGGCGGCCCGGGCGCGGGCGGAAUGGCCGAGCGGCCCGCUCCGCAACCCUGAGGGGCGGCGGCGCCGAGCGAGGAGGGCCGAGGGAGCUGCCGACUGCCAUGGCCGAGCCCCGGCCGGGCUGCGCGUCGCCGCUGCCGGCUCGCCGGGGUCCCUGCUGAGCCGGGGAGGCAGCGCUGUGGGGCGAGCCGCUUCUGCCCAUCCAUGGAGCUGCAGCCGCCGCGGGCGGCUAGAGACAGCGCCAGCGCCAGCGCCAGCGCCGCGAGCGGCUGCGCCCGGGGCUAGGAGUGCCGAGAGCGAGCCCGGCCGGCCCGGCCCCACCGCGGAGCGCCCGGGGCGAGCGAGCGCGGCGUGAAGGCGGAGAAGGCGGACGCGGAGCCUGGGUGCGAGCGCCCGCAGCCCGGCCGCCGAGCGGGGCGCUGCGCUCGGGCGCGCCGCGGCGGCGAUGCCGUGCCUCGGCUUGCUCUGCCUCUUGGCUCUGGGCUGGGGCUGCUCGGCCGGGCCCAGCGGCGCGUCCCCGCCGCCCUGCCCGGCGCCCUGCCGCUGCGACGGCGACCGGGGAGUGGACUGCACCGGCAGAGGGCUGACGGCCGUGCCCGACGGACUGAGCGCCUUCACCCACUCCCUAGACAUCAGUAUGAAUAAUAUCACUCAGUUACCAGAAGAUGCCUUUAAGAACUUUCCUUUUCUGGAAGAAUUACGAUUGGCUGGCAAUGACCUUUCCUUUAUCCAUCCAAAGGCCUUGUCUGGGUUGAAAGAGCUCAAAGUCCUGACCCUCCAGAACAAUCAGCUGAAAACUGUUCCGAGUGAAGCCAUUCGAGGACUGAGCUCUCUACAGUCUUUGCGUCUAGAUGCCAACCACAUUACCUCAGUCCCCGAGGAGAGUUUUGAGGGUCUCGUGCAGUUACGACAUCUGUGGCUCGAUGACAACAGUCUGAGUGAAGUGCCUGUCCGACCACUCAGCAACCUCCCCUCUCUCCAAGCCCUGACCUUGGCUCUUAACAAGAUCACAAACAUCCCUGAUUUCGCCUUUACCAACCUUUCAAGCCUGGUGGUUCUGCACCUUCAUAACAAUAAAAUCAAGACCCUGGGCCAACACUGUUUUGAUGGAUUAGACAAUUUGGAAACUUUGGACUUGAAUUACAACAAUUUGGGAGAAUUUCCUCAAGCAAUUAAAGCACUGCCAAGUCUGAAGGAACUAGGAUUUCGUAGUAAUUACAUUUCAAUAAUCCCCAAUGGAGCAUUUGGUGGAAAUCCACUCUUAAAAACCAUCCAUUUAAAUGACAACCCUUUAUCUUAUGUGGGGAACUCGGCCUUUCACAAUCUGUCAGAGCUCCAUUCUUUAGUCAUUCGGGGUGCAGGCAUGGUACAGGGAUUUCCAAACCUGACUGGAACUAUCAAUUUAGAGAGUUUAACCUUGACAGGCACCAAGAUAAGCAGUAUACCCGAUAAUUUGUGCCAGGAUCGAAAGAAGCUUAAGACUUUGGACUUGUCUUACAACAAUAUACAAGAACUUCCAAGUUUCAAUGGUUGCAGUGCUUUAGAGGAAAUUUCAUUACAACAUAAUCAGAUCCACGAAAUUAAAGAAAGCACCUUCCAAGGACUUACUUCCCUGCGUAUUCUAGAUCUAAGUAGAAACCUGAUCCAGGAAGUUCACAAUGGAGCAUUCAUUAAGCUUGGGUCAAUCACUAACCUAGAUAUCAGUUUCAAUGAACUGACUUCAUUUCCAACAGAAGGAUUGAAUGGGUUAAAUCAGCUAAAACUGACAGGCAACUUUCAUCUGAAAGAAGCGUUGGCAGCAAAGGACUUUGUGAAUCUCAGAUCUUUAUCUGUGCCGUAUGCUUACCAGUGCUGUGCGUUUUGGGGCUGUGAUUCUUACACAAACUCAAACCCAGAUGAUGCCGGCCUCCCAGACCACAGCGUUUCCUCCAAUCAGGAAAAAGCUGAUCCCGCAGAUCUCACAGGCAGAACUGAGAAAGAAGAACACAGCCAGACAAUUAUCCACUGUACUCCUGCAACAGGUGCCUUUAAGCCCUGUGAAUAUCUCCUGGGGAGCUGGAUGAUUCGUCUCACCGUGUGGUUUAUUUUUUUGGUUGCGUUGUUUUUCAAUCUGCUUGUCCUUGUCACGACAUUUGCAGCCCGUGCUCCGUGGCCUUCCUCCAAGCUGUUCAUAGGCCUGAUUUCUGUGUCUAACUUACUCACGGGAGUCUAUACUGGCAUUUUAACUUUCCUGGAUGCCGUCUCUUGGGGCAGAUUCGCUGAGUUUGGGAUCUGGUGGGAGACCGGCAAUGGCUGUAAAGUUGCCGGCUUCCUUGCGGUGUUUUCGUCAGAAAGUGCCAUAUUUUUAUUGAUGCUCGCAGCUGUAGAACGAAGCUUAUCUGCCAAGCAGAUCCUAAAAAAUGGGAAGAGCAACCACCUGCGACAGUUCCAGGCGGCCGCCAUCUUGGCGUUUCUGUGCGCCGCGGUGGCCGGCUGCCUGCCCCUCUUCCACCGAGGGGAAUAUUCCGCGUCUCCCCUCUGCUUGCCCUUCCCCACUGGUGAAACCGCGUCCUUGGGCUUCACCGUCACCCUCGUGCUCCUGAACUCAUUGGCCUUCCUCCUGAUGGCCAUUAUCUACACCAAACUUUACUGCAACCUGGAGAAGGAGGACCUCUCGGAGCACUCUCAGGCCAGCAUGAUCAAGCACGUGGCCUGGCUCAUCUUCACCAACUGCAUCUUUUUUUGCCCCGUGGCAUUUUUCUCUUUUGCGCCCCUGAUCACCGCCAUCUCUGUCAGCCCAGAGAUCAUGAAGUCGGUCACUUUGAUCUUUUUCCCGUUGCCCGCCUGCCUGAAUCCGGUCCUGUACGUUUUCUUCAACCCCAGAUUUAAGGAAGACUGGAAGUCACUGCGGCGGCACAUGGCCAGGAGGAACGGGCCGGUGGCUGUGGCCGUCAGCAGCCAGGCCGGCUGCGUGGCCCAGGACUUCUACUACGACUGCGGCAUGUACUCCCACCUGCAGGGGAACCUGACCGUGUGCGACUGCUGCGAGUCCUUCCUCCUCACAAAGCCCGUGGCCUGCAAACACUUGAUUAAGUCCCACAGCUGCCCUGCGCUGGCCGUGGCGCCCUGCCAGCGGCCCGACGGCUACUGGUCUGACUGUGGGACCCAGUCCGCCCACUCGGAUUACGCGGACGAAGAAGACUCGUUCGUCUCCGACAGCUCGGACCAAGUGCAGGCCUGUGGGCGGGCCUGCUUCUACCAGAGCAGGGGCUUCCCUCUGGUCCGCUACGCUUACAACAUCCCCCGAGUGAAAGACUGACCACUGUCAGUAAGUUAUUCUUUGGUCACCCGCCCCCGCCCCCUUUUACAAAGUAAAAGUACGAUUUUUCUCGAGUAAGCGUCGGCUCUUGUGACAUUUUGUUGGGAAAGCACUUCUGUUCCUGCCUGGGGUCACUAAUGAAAAGAGAAGGUGGCAGGCUAUUCUCAUACUGUACGUUUUUAAAGAACAGGGGCCUGAACUGUAAGCAGCAAAGAUCCCGUUCCAAGGACUGUCCCUCCUUUUAUAUGGAAAAACUUUUUAAGGCACCCCAAUUGUAUUUUGCUUCAUCUGAUUUGCAAGAAUCAAACUUCAUCACCACUUCCCUGUUAAGCACAAGGUAAAGAACAGCUGUUAAUAUUAGAGAAUUAGUUUAAAAUGUGACUUCCUACAGGGGGGGAAAUUUCUUUGCUACUUUUAUAUGGCAUUUUCAGCAUUAAUCUCAGGACACUGUCGUGCAGAGCCAAUAAGGGAAUGUCUCCCAGACCUAACUGUGAGGGGGUGUAGGCAUCAAAACUUGGGUUUAUGUUUCAAUAUUGGAUUAAGGAGAAUAAGAUUGUGUUUCAAGAAUUGAUGAACCCCCAGUUUUGUAAAGGCUACUAAAUUUAAAAUAUUAACAGCUGUCAGAUUAUGGUGGAAUUUGAGUAGUUAUUUUCUUUUAUUAAAAAUGCUUUUAAUGAAAUUUUUUCCUUCAUAUUUUGAGACAGUUCAGCUCCUUCUACAAGAUCAACUUAAAGGACUAAAGUUUAAUAGAAUUAAUUGGUUUAAAAUGAGUGAAAUGGGAUUUUUUUUUUUUUUUUGGUACCAAAACUGUGCCAGAAGAUCCAUCUGUUUUUCCAACUCAAAACUCUCAUAACAUCAUGGGCCCUACACAUAUUUUUCAAUUUGCAUGGCAUGGUUUCUGUUUAUAUGUUGAUUUAUACUGAAAUCAAAGUAGACUUGGGGGAAUGAAUAGAUUUAAUUGGAAGUAACUCAAGACUAAUUAUGAUUUGAAGUACUUAAACAGAUAGUUCCCAGUGUAGACCGAGUUCUCCCAAUAUAUAAGGUGCUAUUAGGAACCUGCAUUAUUUUUCUUAGUGUUCUUAUAGUUUCCAAAAGUGUGCCUAAUUUGUAAACAGAGAGUAGCUUAGGUACUGGGAAGGAUCUAGUCAGAUAAAGUAAAAUAAAGGUAUCAUUGAGGUUCAAAAAGGCUUUUGUCUUUUAAAAAAAACAAAAAACAAAAAACGACCACCCCCAUGUUUUAGUCAGUGGGCCUGUAGUUCAAAACCUUGUGAAGUCUCAUAACCAAUCACGGCUGUCCAAUAUGUGUUUUGAACAGUAGGCUAAAUCAAUAGCCAACCCACUGCCAUUACCAGUUAUUCUGGAAAUAUGAAAAAAAAUUUAAGCUAGAUUGCAGUUUUAAAGUUUAAACUGUACAUACUGUGCAUAUGAUGAAUUUUUAUCUUUCUAUGUAAAUUAUUUGAUAGAACAUAUGAUGGGAAAUGUGGCUUCAGUUCAUUUUGUUAAUUAAAGCUACCUCCUAAGCAAUAGUGGCUGCCAGUAGCAGAAUGUUAAAUUGUGGUUUCUAUCCUUUUUUUUUGCAUUGUAAAUAAUCUUGGUUGUACAUUGUCAAUGUAAUAAAAAACAAAACAAAACAACAGAAUCUUUGUAUAUCAAAAUCAUGUAGUUUGUACAAAAAAUAUGGGAGGGAUUUAUUUACUGGUUGCUGUCAUUGUGUAAGGACAACCAUUCACAAGUUUUAAAAAUUGCUGUUUGUAUAUUUACACAUCUCCUAAAUAUUAAAUAUUACAUGAGUAAA